AUGGCUCCUCGUGGUAAACUUUUAGUUGUUCAUCCCGUUCAUGGAUAUAAAAUGAAACCGCAAGAAGACCUGAAAACAAUAAAACGAAACGCCAGAGAACGGAACAGGGUGGAAAGUGUGAACCGAGGUUUUGAAAUAUUAAAACUGCAUCUCCCUUCCGCUGCUAAUGUAAAGAAGAUGAGUAAAGUGAACAUAUUAAACCAUGCAUCAGAAUAUAUUAAAUAUCUUCACAAUAUUCUUAAUCCAGUUAACCAAUCUUGUGUAUACCCCCGAGAUGAGGUUGGAGGAGAUGAAGUAGAUGAGGUUCAUGAGCACAGGGCUCCUACUGGAUCAGAGAGCGGAUAUGAAUCCUUAUAUAUGCAUUCUCCAGUCUCCACUAUACCAUCUCCUGGAAGCAGUAAACCCUUUGGAACACAAAUACCUUCUCCAGUUCCUACCAUUCCAUCUCCAGCUUCAGCUCUCCAAUAUCCCUCUCUAUACUGUACCAUUACUCCAACAUCAAAUUUCCAACCUUCCUCCUUUUGUUCUCAGGGAGUUAUUCAUUCCGUUCAGCAGAAUUCUCCAGUUUACAGCAACAUGAAUUCAUGGAACCAAAACUGGAGAUACAACGCUCAAGUCAAUUCUAAAGUAGGGUUUAGUUCCGGGUAUUUUUCAAGAUUAGGGUUUCAAUCUCAACCUGUCUCCGGGUCUAGUUCUUUACCUUUCUCCGGGUUCUGCUCUAGCUCUGGGCUCGAGUUAACUUCUCCUCCCGACUCGACGGUUGCAGAUACUCAGGAUGAAAGCGAGGAGGAUGUUCUUGAUGCAAUUGUAGACUGGCAAUCAGUGUAA